AUGGCAUACUACGAAGGCUUUCCGCCCGCAUUGUCUAGCCCAGCCACCGCCGCAGGCUCCGAUCUCCCCAAGCAACCGACUUACCCCACUGUCCAGUCAUCUCAAACCCCUUCACCAGUCAAGGAUACGGCACGAGAUUCACCAAUGGACCCCGCUGGUAAAAGACCUGUACCAGGCGACACGACAGUACAGGACCAUGGGCUCAAUGGUUCUUCCACAAAUAAACCAGAGCAAGCAUGCGAAGGAUGCAGGUUUCUCCGCAGGCGCUGUGAUGGAUCCAGCUACUCAAUAGAAGGUCACGGCCACGAAAAAGGCCGGUGUUCGAGCCACGAAUAUCAAGAUCAUCUCCAAUGGCGAUAUCAAGUCACGAAAGCCUGGAUUUCUCUCGACAAGCACGAUGGAUGUCCUUUUGCCAACAGUUUCUUCACACAUGGGACCAAACCAUGUGAUAAGGGUUGGGGUAAGGCUCUCCACGAGCACAUGUAUCUCCACGGCAAGCGGCGGAUGGAGACCGACGCGCCAGAAGUCAUUCUCGAAGAGUAUCGUGGUCGACACGUCCAUGAGGAGAGGCAUCAGAGUCUGGAACUGGAGCUAGAGGAUACUGGCAAUUCCGAGAACCGCAUAUGGAAGUUGUGUCCAACAGGGCAACAACAGCAAUGGCAACAGCAACCAGGACAGAGGGAGCAGGGACAGCCAUCUGCUUCGUCAUACCCGUAUCGCGAGGUCUGA